UGAAGUUGCAAUAUUUUUUUAUUUGGAAUUAGAGCUUAUCCAUUUCCUAAAGCUAUACUGAUAAAUUCAAGAUUGGCGGAAAGAUCUAAGCUAAAGCCGUCUUGGUUGCGAAAUUACAUUGCAACUGAACUCUAUCUUUGUCUUGACAUUUGUCUUAACUGUUCCUUGGCAAUUCAGGUUUGUUAACUAAGCAUAUUAGAUACAACAUUUACUUGCAAGUAUAUGUGUGUUUAGAGAAAGCUACUGGGAACUUUGUUGGAAGAUGGAGACACUAUCAUCAAAACUGCUGCUGAGAGACCCUCUUCCGGUGCCUUGUGUUCAAGAGUUGGUCAAAAGCUCAUUGUCGACGGUUCCCCUUCGAUAUGUUCGCCCUGAUCAAGAUCCUCCUUUCGAAUUCACUGACGCUUCAGCUGAAGUCCCUGUUAUUGAUAUGCACAAGUUGUUCUCCAACAAUUUUGAGAAUUCUGAACUUGAUAAGCUUCAUCAUGCUUGCAAAGAUUGGGGUUUCUUCCAGGUAGUACUUGCAGUUCGAUCUGUUAUUGAAGCUUUCAUUAAUAUAAUUCUGUUGAUUCCUUUUCUUUCUGAUCAGGUGAUAAAUCAUGGAGUAAGUGAUGUACUGAUAGAGAAUGUGAAAUCAGGGAUUCAAUCUCUCUUUAAUCUUCCUAUGGUAGAGAAGAGGAAGUUGUGGCAAAGACCAGGAGAUGUUGAAGGAUUUGGACAGAGCUUUGUUGUCUCUGAGGAGCAGAAGCUUAAUUGGGGAGAUCUCUUUGGAAUAUUUCUCCUCCCCACUUAUUUGAGAAAACCUCACUUGUUCCCCAACCUCCCUCUUCCAUUCAGAGAUGAUUUGGAUGCCUAUACAUUGGAGAUGAAAAAUCUAGGCAUGAAACUGUUUGACUUAAUGGCGAAAGCUCUGGAAAUGGACAGUAGCGAAAUGAGAGAGCUGUAUGAGGAAGGAGUACUCUCAACAAGAAUGAAUUACUAUCCUCCAUGUCCUCAGCCAGAACUUGUCAUGGGACUCAAUAACCAUUCUGAUGCUUCAGCCAUUACCAUUCUUCUUCAAGUCAAUGAAAUGGAAGGUCUCCAGAUAAGGAAGGAUGGGAGGUGGACUCCUGUUAAGCCUCUCCCAAAUGCUUUUGUUGUCAAUAUUGGAGAUAUUUUGGAGAUCAUCACAAAUGGAAUAUAUCGCAGCAUCGAGCAUCGGGCAACAGUGAACUCAACGAAGGAGAGGCUUUCAGUGGCCAUGUUUUUCACUCCAAGGUUGGAUGGGGAGAUAGGUCCUGCCCCAAGCUUGGUCACUUCAGAAAGACCUGCUUUGUUUAAAAGGAUUGGAGUCGCAGAUUUCCUCAAUGAAUUCUUCAAAAGAGAACUGAAUGGAAGGUCAUAUCUUGAUGUUAUGAGGAUCCAAGAGGAAUAAGACUAAAAACAGGCGUUAGCUCUUGGUGAUUUUCAGACCACACAGACCAACUUCUUGUCAAGUUCUUUCUCUUUUUACAACCCCAGAGGAUGGGUAUAUCUAAACUACAUUGACAGAUCCUAGCACUCUCAUUAUACCCUGAAUCUAGUCAACAUUUUAUUACUUAAAUGCCCCACCACUUACCUGUUUGCAGCUUGUUGCUUCCAGAAGUUCUUUUGUUGACAAAAGCUGUUUGAAGCAAAUUUGAAUUGGUAAAAGCUUUCGAAAAGUUGGAUCUUUUGUUCAGAUUUUGAAGCAAAUCUGAGUGGGUUAGAGGGUUCCUUUUUGCUGUUUUGAUCCAUAUGCCAAUUCAAAUUAUAAAGUAAAUGCAAUAUAAGCAGUGGGGUUUCCCCUUUCUUUUCCAGUUUUAAUCAAAACUAUUUCUAAAUCUGAAAAAAA